GAAGUUCGUGAGGGUUGGAACAGGAGAGAGAAGUGCUACGCUGACUGAUUUUUUGCGUUGAAUUGAAAGCAUAAACUAGUACUUCAAGUAUGAAUGGGAGCGAAAGCAACGGGACAAAUGCCACCCUACCGGACGAAUACAGGAUCAGCCUGGUGGUUCUCUACGUGCUCGUCUUUAUCGGCGGGAUCAUCGGGGUGAUAAUGAUGAGCACCACCCUUAUGUCCAACAUGCGGUCUAUCACCAGAGUGUCAGUGAUCAACCUGCUGGUGGUGCACGUGAUCUUCCUCCUCACUGUACCCUUCCGUGUCUACUAUUAUGCCUCCACUAACUGGGAACUAAGCUUCAUCUUUUGCAAGCUGGUCAGCAGCAUGCUUCAUGUGCACAUGUACCUCAGCUUCAUCUUCUACGCCAUCAUACUGUGCACACGAUACCUGGCUUACUUUCAGUGGAGACACCGACUGGAAUUCUACCGAGAUCUGCACGCUGUAAUAGCCAGUGUGACCAUCUGGGUCAUCAUUUUGGCUAUCGUUCUCCCUUCUACCGUUAUCAUUUAUGGAUCAGGAACAGCUAGAAAUAACAAUCAGUGCUUUGCCUUUGGAAUUGCUCUUAAUAAUACAAAUGUGAAAGUGCUGAACUACAUCAUCUGCGUUGUGGUGCUGUUGAUCUGGUUGGUCUUGGCCUCAUGUCAGUGUUACAUAUUGUGGUGCGUGUGCCGAAAGCAUGGGAAACUCUCUUUGGCUCAUCAAGAGUUCUGGGCUCAGAUCAAGAGCCUGUGCUUUGUGCUGAUCAUGCUCAUUUGCUUUGUGCCAUACCAGGCCUUCAGGAUCUACUAUGUAUGCACAUAUUGGCAAGGAUUUGAAAAAGUCAAUGAGGUUUUUCUGGCCGUCACAGCUUUCAGCUGCUUUGACAUGCUACUGUUUUCUGGCAGCAGCGUGUGGCGACCUUCUUACAACAAAAUGUACAAAAUGUGUUGCAGUUCAUGAUUUUUAAAAUCUCUCUCUCUCUCUCUCUCUCUCUCUCUCUCUCUCUCUCUAUAUAUAUAUAU